AUGGAAAACGAGGUGAUCGAAUUCGACAUAGGACUAGGAGGCGGUGGAGAUGAUUCAGUAGCAAUUAUCGACGAUGAAGAGAUGACUGAUGAUUCUCCCACCGCCGCCAUGGUCGGAACCAGCAGUGGGAGUCUCUUCUUCGAUACUUCAACUUACGGUCCUCAACGCGACCUGGAUCUCGAGCCUUUUGAGGGGAUGGAAUUCGAAUCUGAAGAAGCUGCCAAGGGUUUCUAUAACUCAUAUGCUCGUCGUGUAGGUGUGAUACUUGAAGAAAGAGGUAAUGAUGCGUUUUCUGGUUAUUUGGAGUCACAUACUGUGAGGUAUAAUACCCUUCGGCAUGAAGCUUUUAAAUUUGUGGAAGAAGGGGCUGAAUCUGUUGAUACAUAUAAUGUGGCCAUGGUUGCUUUGGAAGAGGCUGCAAGGAAAGUUGCCAUGUCAGCAAAAAAUGAAGGAACAGGUUUUAUGGUUAAUGGGCGUAUCAGGGAAGAUUCUAGAAGCAAUGGGACACUGACAAAAAUGGAUAUUGGUAAUCAUUGUGGACAUUUGGAUCAGAAUUUAUCAGAGGAUGAGAUGGAUAGGAAGAUUGAAGAACUUAAGCAAGAGGUGGAUUCAGGUAGGAGAAAGUGUGAAGUUUAUAGGAGCAACUUGGUUUCAGUUUUGAGAGACAUUGAAGACCAUAAACAACAGCUAUCACUUAAAGUCCAGAUCAUAAAGUAUAGUAUGAAAGAUUGCUUGUAAGUAAACAAAACAAAGUAAAGUUUCUUCUUUUUCUCUUAUUAUAGCGAUAGCUGUAGCUGUUUUCUUGGCUGAAAGAGUAUUCUUUGAUGAUGCCCAAUUGCCCAUGCCCAACAUAUAUGUAUAGUUUCCUUAUCAUUAUUAUUAUUAUUCCAUCCAUUUUCAGCCUUCCCAUCUUUUGUUUUGUUUUGUUAUGCAAUAUGUGACACUUGAGAUAAUAAGCAUGGAAGAAAAUGAGAUGGGAAGUGAUUUUAAUCGUUUACCAUAUCCAUCAUCCAUCUCUUGGGAUAUCAAACAAUA